CGGUCACACGCGUUGUUUUAGUUUAUAAAGUGCGCGAUGUAUCACUGUGUUGUUUUUUGCAGUCUGUGUUCCGUUUGUGUUAGGCGAGGAUUGUUCCGCUUUUACCCGGCGAAGGUUAUGCUGCUGGCCCGCGCCGAAUGCUUCGAGUUUUGAUGUUUGCUCGCCAGAUAAGCCCUGCUCCGACGAUGUCUCCUCCGCUAAAGUUCGACAGUACAUUCGAGUUCACUGUUAAAGUGCAGAAAACGAUCGGAAUUCGGUGCCUUUUUGAACCAUACCCGACCUCGCUGCGUGACAAACUAUCAAUGAAUGCUGGUUUUAUAACAACAUUCAUGAUGCUUUCGUACUGCGUGCUUGGACAGGUGACUAAUGUGAUCUUAUUGCUUAAUGGACAUCGGGAAACUCAAGAAGCGGUAGAAGAACUUGCCACCCAGAUUGUGUGCACCACAUUUUGCAUCACUGGUCUAGUUAAAAUGUACGGCCUAGCGUACCACCGAAACACCCUUGCGAACAUUAUUGAAGAGUUUCGAACCAUGUGGGACGAGCAGCUGCUAACUCUAGCGGACCGGCAACUUUGUGACAAGGUGUUUCGACCGACAAUGUCCAUCACCGCGUUUGCCGCCAUUGGGAACAUUGUCAUGGUAUCCGCCUUCAACUUCCUACCGGUGGCGGAAAUGCUUUUCAACAAGUGGCAAACGGAUGCAUGGAAGCGGUUCCAGCCGUACGUGAUCUGGUUUCCAUUCGAUUCUACCACCGGCUGGUGGUACUAUCUGGUGUACACGUUCGAGGCGUAUUCCGGUUACAUCGUAGCCGUUAGCAAUGUUGGAACGAAUUGUAUCUUUUGUUUGCUGUGCGCUCAUCUGACCAUGCAGUUGCAGCUACUAAACCGGUCUCUGGAAAUCAUGAUGGAGCCGAAAGAGAAGGAAGAGGUGUUCGGUCGAAAUGAUGCAAAACGGAACCUGUGCAAGCUAGUACAGUGGCACCAAAAGUUGCUGAGAGCUAAAGAAACGAUGGAUUCCGUGUUCAGUGUGACAUUCUUUCUGAACUUUUCCGCGAGUACAGUCCUAAUAUGUGUGCAAGCCUUUCUAAUGCUUAUAGCUGACUUUUACGUUGUUACCAAGAUGGCUCUCUUCAUGGGUUGCUGCCUGGUGGAGAUAUUUUUCCUCUGCUACUACGGUGAUGAGGUUCUUGAGUUUAGUACCCGGCUGGCGCAAGCUGUUUACAAUUGCCGCUGGUAUCAGAUCCAGGCAGAUGACGCACGGUUUGGCAGGAAUUUGAUUCCCAUCAUUCAGCGGGCCCAACGGCCGAUGAAGCUAAUGGCGUGGAAGUUCUGGCCCAUAACCAUCAACAGUUUUGCCUUGAUAUUGAACGCAUCCUGGUCAUAUUUCACGCUUCUGCGAACCUUCGUCAAGUAGUGAACAACAAUGCGUUCUUUUCGGCACCUUUGUACGGCGCCACGACGUUUAAGGUAACUGUCGAUACCAAAGGGCAGAAGGAUUUAUACUCACAGUGGAGCAAUGUCUGGCGACGUUAAACAUUUUUUUCUUAUUAUGCCAUGUCAAAUAAAUCUUGUGAACAAAAAAAAAUAGUGAAGAAAUUACAUUAGUCAAUAAAAAAAUAUAGAAAAAUAA